CUUGUCGUCGAGCCGCAGGACACUUUUCCCCUCGAUGGAAUUCUGGAAUUCACCUGUAAGGGCACCGGUUACCCGGAACCGAAGGUCACCUGGUUCGACGCCACCACGAAAAAACCGCUGUCACAGUCCUCUUUAACAGAAAAUGCCUCUCCCUCCUCCUACCCCUCGGCUGCAGCUAACACUAACACAGGAAUUCAUAUCAACCAGUUUCUCGGCCAACUUACGAUUUCGGAUCCGGCUCCACGCCAGGUCUUUGCUGUCUACUGUAACAUUUCUAAUGAAGCUGGCUGGAAGACUAGCCGGACAGUCAACGUGGAGUGGCUUCUUAAUGGUCAUGUUCUGGCCACUACUGGUGGUGGUCGGUACUCUGUGACUCCAGAAGGUGACCUAAACAUCAGCGAACUCCAGGUAAUGGAUUCAGGUCGUUAUGCUUGCCAAGCCCGGAACGCAGCUGGAGUCCGUGCCUCUCCAAUAGCAGUGCUUACGGUCAGGCAGACAACCCCCUUCCUGACAGUUCCACAGGACAAGACGGCUGAUAUCGGUGGCACCGUAAUAUUUGACUGUCAAGCCAAUAGUGGACUAAUUACCUGGCGACGGGGUCCUGGGGAACCCUCAAUUGAUACUAGUCGGGCUCGGUUGGCCGGCGACCACCUGAAGAUUGAGGACAUACAGCCUUCCGAUGCAGGUACGUACAUCUGUGUAACGUCGGAUGGCAGCAUCUCCGCCAAGGCAACCCUCUAUGUACAAACGCCAUUGGCUUUUAAAACAAGACCUUCCAAUCAAACAGUUACUGAAGGUGAAGAUGUGCUUUUGUUUUGUGAGACUUCAGGAUCGCCCAAGCCAAGCGUUUAUUGGGAUCUGCCUAAUCAAAUGCCCCUCUUUCCAGAGAAUAGUUACGAGAAUGUGCAUGUACACCCUAACGGUAAUCUAGAGAUACGAAAUGUUAGGCUCAAUAACAGUGGAGUCUAUCAGUGUUCGGCUCAUUCGUCCUAUGGUGUCAUCCAUGCAACCGCUGUCUUGAAUGUUCGUUCCAUCCCACGCACACCAAUGUUCCAAGAAGAAUCAGACCUGGCACUGGACGGUGACAGCUCCAGCAUGCACAGAAUCCCACCAAUCAUUAGUCUUCCGCCCGCUAAUCAGACACAACCAGUGUCGGGAAUAUCGGAGAGACUCACUCUACGCGGUACUGAGGAUUCAACGUGGGAGGUGAUGUGGUUGCGGGGUACGCGAUCCACGGGCGGUCUGCAGGAACACCUUGAUUUCAACCAACCUGAUCGUUUCCUUUUACUGCCGGGAGGAAGUCUGCGAAUCACUGACUUGCUCGUUGAGGAUACAGGUAACUACACCUGCGUUGUCCAGGAGAAGUUGAUGCAUGGUAUAGAGAACGCCCAAGUGGUUAACUGGACGGCCAGUCUCAUUGUUGUACCGUCGAACGUUUAUCUGGAGAGACAAAUGUACCAUGACGCACAGCCAGAUAGAGGCUGGCAAGUGUUAGAGGAGUCCUGGCCUUCUAGAACUAUCCGACUGGAGCCCCUUCAAAGAGACGGCAAUUAUUACUUACUCGUCCGGCCGCGAUGGAUUGACGGUCGCAUUGGAUGGGCCAGUGCUCCCUUGGGACCUCUUCGAAUGACCUCCACUCGCUAUCCACUUCAUAAGGGCGGCGCCUUCACUCCAUCUGUGACCCAGGACCUAGUAGAUCAGGUAAGGGCCACUGAGGUGACCGCCCUAGAUAUUCAGGUGAUUUCACCACGCAAGGCGCGUGUCUCAUGGAGUCUUGCACACCCAGCGGACUCAGUCUCCCUUCUUCAUGGGUUCAAUCUACGCUUUAAGGAGGUACCCCUAAUGAACUGCGUUUCUGAACUGUUUCCCUCUCGUUCUAAUCGGAAGCACGUGCAAUCCCCAAAAAUGGGAGGCGGCCAAUACUGCAGCCUCUCCGACCGACCAGACGAAAAGAGUCUGCUUCAGCGUACGCAGGACUUACAACAUCAUCUACGGGCCGUUUUACCAACCGCCCAGGGCAUUUCUCUAGUACCCCAGGAAAACCCUGAAGUGGAGAAAGAUGUGCUCGUUGGUGGCGAUGAGGGACAGGCCAGCCUCCCCAUUUGGCAGACCCCACUCAUGGAUCUCAAACCAUUUCGUUGUUACAGUGUCAGCGUGCAGCCCUAUGCCACAUUCCCGGGCUUUGGUAAAGCACUGGGCACUCGGAGUUCAUCUCUUCUCUUCCUUACCCCUGAAGAGCAACCAUCUCAGCCACCGGUUGUUCGGGGCCUCAGGCGAAAAACCAAUCACAGCGUCGAGGUAACCUGGAGCCCACCACCAGCCGACGCCUGGAAUGGUUUCCUCAGUGAAUUCUAUGUUUACAUUUUUAAUGCCGCAGAGAACGACAAGAGAGAACUGAAGUUCACUUAUGGCGAGGAGAGCGGCGUUGUAGGCGGAUUGAAAGCGGGCGAGGUCUAUCACCUCCAGAUGACGGUCGUCAACUGUAAAGGCAGCAGUCAGCGCAGCAUUCCACUGAACUUUUCUGUCAGUGCGUCUGGUGUGGUGCACGAAUCCACCGGUCUACCUCAGUUGGCUUCGCAAGGUCACGGGCAGCAGGAUGCUUCUUCCGCCUCCAGGGACUCCACCUCCGCCAGCUCCACCUCCAAGGAGUUCCUCUCCCAGUCCUGGUUAAUUGGCGGCAUUCUUGCAGCGCUGAUUUUCUGGAUAAGCAUCAUUGUCCUUGUGAUCCUGUGUUGUUUGCGACGGCAGGCGGCCACAAAACCUAUUUUCCCCUCUGUCUGUUCCGGUUACGAUGGGGAUUCGGGACGCACCUGCAAGAACCCCAUUGCAGUCGGUAGUGCCAGUGCUGAUACCUUUGCGGCCAAGUUUAAGGCAAACACAGCCGGAGGCAACAACUGUCAUCUGGAGCCAUUGAUUAAGCCUCACUCCACGUCGGGAAGCAGUGAACUGGAGAUGAUCACCACCACCGCCUCCGCCCUUAAUCGUCCGAACCAGACAGUCACUGGCGGCAGCGAUCUCUUUAAGACGUCCAGUAAUCUCACCGCGACCGGCGAGGUCCAGUUGAAUCCAGCACUGAUGCCAUUUCCAAACACAACGCUAGCCAGCUCCAACAGCUCAUCCGCAGGUCAUCGUACAGGUUUCGAUGAUGCUUUCAUUCCAAUGCAUAAUUCGGACUUCUAUUCAGCAUCACCCUACUUAAAUCAAAUGCAACAGGGGCAUAUGCUGCCCUAUAGUUCCUCAGAGUUUCCCGAGCACCUGAACUACCGGGGCCCACCACCACCACCGACCCCACCGUCUGACAUCAAUCCCUUUGCCACGUCUAUGAUGGACUCCACUAAGUGCACCAUGACCGGCCUGCCUAUGGUGGCACCUGUGGCACACCUCGCCUCAUCCAACUUCCCGGCCAAUGGUUCUGAAGUCAACUCCGCU